ACUGGAUUGUGUGCGCGCACCAUCCUCACCAUCAUCACCCGCUUCAGCCUGAGCAGCAUCUCUCUCCCGCAUCCGAACCAAACCCUCCUGUGCCGCGGGCUGCUCCCCAUCCUCAGCCUCCACAAUGACCUCCACACUCCCCAGCUGAAUGCGGUGUGGCUGCUCUCACUGCUGCUGCGGUGGUGGAGAGACGCGGACCCCGGUUGGUGCAGCAGCGCAUUGGCACCACUGCAGAGCCGUGGGUGACUGCGCGUCCUGACGAUAUCGCGUCUAUUCUUUCUUGUGACCAUGGCGAAAACAGUCCCGUCAUCCAGCGCAGUUACAGGUGAGAAGAUGGCACCACCAUCCAUCACUUUACUUCCUGACAAGAGAUCUCCGACAAACGGUCAAAGCUCUCCAGCCCGAACAGGAAAAACGCCUCCAUCUAACACAGAGAAAAGGCCACAAAUAAACGGACACGCGUCUCCUUCGCACCCAGCAGCAAACCAUGCAGGUAAACAAACCGUCGAGGGUUACAUGAAGACGGACGAUAGGAUGCGAUUGGCCAAAGAGAGACGUGAGGAGAGGGAGAGAAGCCUGGCUGCCAGGGAGCAGCUUAUCAGGGAGAAGGAGCGUCGAGCUCGGCUGCAGUACGAGCGCACAGUGGAGGAGCGCUGGAGGCGGCUGGAGGAGCAGAGGCAGAAAGAGGAGCUCCGCAGGGCUGCAGUGGAGGAGAAGAGGAGGCAGCAGCUGGAGGAGGAGAGGGAGCGGUUGGAGGCCCUGAUGAAACGCUCUUUUGAGAGAAGCCUUCUGCUGGAGCAAAGGACCAAGCGCUGGAGCAGGGGCUGCUCUUCAGGAGCAGGUGACAGUGAGAAUGCACCACUCCCUUUCUCUGCUGCCUCCGCCUUUUCCCAUGGCAUUGCCUCCCCCCUUCCUGCUGUCAGCGAAUCUGCGCCCUGCAGUCCUCACAGAUCGCCUUUCUGCAGCUCGCUGAACCCUGCAGAUCACAACAGAGCUGGACUUCAGGGAGGCUCCCAGUCCACUCCCAAUACCCCCAAGAAAGAGCGGCUGCGCAGAGAGAGAAGAACCGCAUCACCAGGUUGUGGAUCACCUCUGAGAAGAUCUGAAUCUCCAGCUAGUGUAGCCAAGCACCUGGCUUCACCUAAUACCUCCAACCAAACAUCUCUAUCUGUGUGCAGGCUGGCAUCUAAGAUCCGUGCCCAGUCUCCGAGCAACGCACACCAGUACCAUUGCUCCCCUACAAGACAUCGUCCAAAUGUGUCAAGUGAUGACAGGAAAGCAGAAAACAAGAAGUUGGAAAAACAGGGUGAAAGAUCCAAAGCUGAGACAGCAUUGAAAAAGAAUACCGACACAAAUGGCUCUAAUCCAUUUUUGCAAGCUGAGAAAACUGUGGCGAACACUGAAAUCACUAAAACAAGAUCAUCUAAGGCUGAAACGUCUGAUAAGCUCCUGAGAGGCGACACACCGGAAAGAAUUCAGUCUCCUGACAGAAAGGAUCACUUGUCUCCCAAAGUGGAUUCCCCAGAGAAGAAGACACUGCAGAGCAAUGUGCAGGAUGGAGACAAGAAAAAAGCAGCAUCAUGCAUGGGGAAGUUGGCAGCUGGCACAACAAACGCAGAGGAGGCUACCAGGUUGCUGGCAGAGCGGAGGCGUCAGGCUCGAGCUCAGAAAGAACUGGAGGAGAAAAAACGGGAACAGGAGGAAGAAGAGAGACUGCAGGAGCAGGAGAAGCUAAGGAAGCAACUGGCAGAGGAGCAGCGGCAGCGGCAAGAAGUGAAGGCUCAACAAGCGGAGGAAAAGAAGAAAAAUGAGGAGAAUGAGAAUGUUCACACGCUGAAACAAAAAGAAGACCAAGAAAAGAAGGAGGAGCAGGAGAAGGAGCAAGAGAUGGAUAAAGAGAGAGAAAAAGCCAAAGUCCAGGCUCAGGAGGAUGCAGAGCGUCAGCGGCAGGACAGAGAAGUACUUGCACAACAAGAAGAGGAGGAGAGGCAACUGAGAAAAAAGAGAAUUGAGGAGAUCAUGAAGAGAACUAGGAAGGGUGAAGCUGACUUCAAGGAGGAGCAGGUGGAGACGAAGUCUGUCUCAGGGGAUAUAGAGACUGUUCAAACGAAUGCUCAGGUGAACAGGCAAGCGUCCGAAAAUGUUGAGUUUCAGGUUAAAGAGCCAGUCACAGUCCAGGUCAACUCAAAGGAAUGUGCCCUGGUGAAGAAAGAAGCAGCAGGAGCAUCAGCUGCAGCACAGAUGGACAAUCAGAAGACUUUACAAGCUAAAAACAACACUCAUGUAACACCAACACACAGUGUUCCCGAGAAGAGACCGGAUGCCAAACAAACCAGUGACGAUCAUCACAGACGACUUAGCAAGGAAGGCAAGGCCUGUGAUGUGAAGAAGCAGAGAAGAGGGACGGAAAUGAAUGUGAACGAGCAGCGUGUCGAAAAUGUAAAAGCCAAAGACCAAAUAAAUAAAGAGCCAACAAAGCUGAGAGCAGAUGCCAAAACCAGUGUAAAGCAGGGGGGUGUGAUGAAUGGAGCACUGAAGGGUAGUGGAAGUGCCUUGUCGAGUAGCCGUCAAACUGCUGAGGGAAGCAAACAACAAAGCCUGCGUGUGUCAGCUGCAGAGGGAAACGAUAACAGAGGGUCCCAGGUGGAGGUUAUAAGACCCUCUGUGACACCCCCGCUGGUGGGGCGCCUGUCGCCGUCAAUCAUCAAGCUGGAGCUGCUGGAUGUGAAGGGGAAGGGGUCAUGUGAUGAGGUGCAGUCCAUGGAGGUCAGCCCAGCUUCUAAGGAAGAACUGAUUUCAAUCCCAGAGUUCUCACCGGUCAUUGAGAUCCAGCACAGUGGUCUGAGUAACACCCGUGCUCUCGAAGACCUGAUGGAUCUGACCGACGGCGUCACCUUCCCCAAACUGACCUCUGAGAGCAACAUGGGCGACUGCAACAAGAACCUCAUUGAGGGCGUUGUUAGUCCCAUGUCAGACUCUAAGCUCAUCGGGAUGUCGCCUUCGUCAUCGAAUAAAUUUAGCAUCCAGUAGUCCAUUAAUCUCCUUCCCUCUUCCUCUGUCGCUUGCCUUCCCUCUCUCUCUUUCUCCCCACACGCACAUACACUCACAGGUUGUCACAUUUUGAGCAUGUGCCCCUGUGCUACAUUUAUGGGAUUAGAGCCAUAGAGAUUGAAUUAAAAAGAUAUAUAAAUCAUGACUUGCAGUAUAAACAAAAUAUCUCCUGUAAUCUAAUCUCAUAGCAAAUAGAAUGGCACUCCAUAGAGUUCAAACCUCCGCCAAGGCCCAACAGUCCCCUCAUGAAACCACAUUUUAAUUCACUUUUUAUUGGAUAUUGAUUUAUUUUUCAUUAAGAUCCAUAAACAAUUCUGUAAAAAAUCAAGGAAAUUUUGAAAAGUCGCAAUGUUAAAGAAAGUUCCUGGAUCCGCCCCCAAUCUGGAUCAGCACAUAACUGUAAUGGCUUCUUCCCUGACCCAUACUGCAUUAUUCCACCGAACUGAUGAAAACAAAACCUUCUUGCUUUGACGAACCUGGAGAGUUCAUACCUCUGCUAAGGCCCAACAGUCCCAAGUUGCACAAACUCAUGUCAAUCCUCUAAGUAUGUCUGAACUUUUCCAUCACGAUAAAUGAGUUAUUACUUGGGAAAAUAGUGAAAAUGUCAGUAAAACACCUCAUCUCCCAAAGCUAAAGAAGGUGAAAAACAAAAUCCUGGAUCUACCCUUUGUCUGAAUCCUUUUCCCUGACCCAUACCACAUCUUUCCAUCAAGUUUUGAGAUAAUCUGUUCCGUAGUUUUUACUAAAUCCUGCUCACAAACAAACAAACCACCAAUCAACAAACAAAACAGGGGCAAAGACUUGCCCCCCUUGGCGGAGGUAAUUAAUCACCAUUUACAUUGUGUGGCAGAAAUGUUGUUUAUCAUGCAGUCCUUUUUACUGGGACAAGUGUAUGUGUGUGAGUGCAAGAUGAGCACAUGUGAAAGCCUCACAGAGAGAAGGCGUCUCUGGAUGUAACGACAGAAAAACAAAUAUCAGGGUUUUAAAUAUAGGCCUUUAGAAAAUAUUGUUUUGUGAGCUAGCUGUUCGGUAAGAAUCUUUAAUUGUCCCCACACAGACCCCUCACCGCAGAGCAUUGAGGACUGUUUGAACCUCUGCAUUUCACAAUCUCUUUUAAGCCUUUAAUGUGUAGCUGGGUGAGGCAUCUCACGUUCCUGAUUUAUUUAAAAAAUGUCUGUCCUGUUCCUCUCGCAUGUACUCCUGAUUGAUUUAGCUGAAAUGUGUUUCCAAGGUUGCUAAUGGAUGCAUUCAUCUAACAGAUGUACAGUAAUUGCAUAGAUUCCAUUCAGUAGAUUUUGAGGGCAAGCAUAUGCGAAUGUGUGGGGUUCAACUUUGAUGAACUUUAACCAACAAUAUUUGCUUUGCAUUUGUGUAUAUGUGACCAGGCCCCAAGACUGAAGUGGCACAAUGUUAACAAUCACCGUAAGUACAUGUGCCCUGUAGCUAUAAAGAUGCUGUUUGCUGCUCAUGUUUUUCUCCAUCCAUGUGGUCUUGUGAAGGAAUUACCUCCUGUAAAUUGACAAACAGUUCAUCACAUCACUAAUCACUGAUUUCUUUUUUCUUUCUCUGUGUCAUGUCUAAAUGUAAUUUCAGUAGAGAUGCUUAAUUUUAGACUGAUAGAGCUACUUUAGUUUUGUGUUACAGUGUAUGUUUGGCCACUGGAAUUACUGUGUGUGACCUGUAAUACUUGAACCUUGGUUUGAAACUUGUUAUUUCCCCCAUGCUGCAAAUGAUUAUGAGCUAUACUGUAUCGUCACUGUAUACAGUGACAUUAAGAUGUGUCUCUCAGACAAUGCAUCCCCUGCUUCAGCUCUCUGAAUCGCUGUAAGUGAAGUAGCCAAUAAUUGCAUCUGCGCAUCAGGAUUUGCUCUAUAUUUUUGGGGCAAAUUCAAACAGCUGUUCCACAUUUAGGAUUUUUUGCAAGGGGGGUGAAAAGAAAAUACAAAGAUAAUACGAUACAUACAUGCAACCACAUUGUUUGUCUGCUCUUAAGAGCAAUCUCUCCCAAUCAGAUUAACUCUUUAAGUGACGUAACUUCUGUAGACAUUGUGCAUGGUUAGCAUGGUCAUGAUAAUGUUACCAGAAACAAUAAAAAGUAAA